CCAGACUGCUGAGGGAAAAAAACCCGACUAGUUUAGAGUGGCUUCCCCUUCUUCGUUGAAAAUGAGUGCAGACGGCAUACGCUCUCAACUACCGGAGACGUACGUCGAAGGUUUUCAUGACCUCGACAGGGUCAAGGUCAUGCCCUACCGUCCCCUGGGCAACACAGGUCUCCACGUUUCACUGCUCAGCCUAGGUGGCAGCGCAGUGGGCAGCGUGUUUGGAGAGACGGACCUGGAGGAAUCUGUCCAUGUCGUCAGGACGGCCGUGAAGUCGGGGAUCAACUACGUCGACACGGCACCGUGGUAUGGACAGGGCAAGUCUGAGACUGUUCUAGGGAAGGUGCUGCCCUCCCUGCCCCGCUCCAGCUACUACGUGUCCACUAAGGUCGGCCGCUACGAGCAGGACGUGGAGCGGAUGUUCGACUUCUCGGCCGAGAGAACUCUGGCCAGUGUGGACGAGAGUCUCCAGAGGUUGGGGCUGGACUAUGUUGACGUCAUACAGGUCCACGACAUGGAGUUCGCCCCCUCACUUGAUAUAAUAAUCAACGAAACGCUGCCAGCACUGCAGAAGGUCAAGGACAUGGGAAAGGUCAAGUUUAUAGGGAUAACAGGAUACCCACUCAACAAUUUUAAAAGUGUUUUAGAGAGAUCCACGAUAAAGAUUGAUCUUGUCUUGACCUACUGCCGAUCAACCAUGAACGACAACUCACUCAAAAGUUGGCUCCCCUAUUUCAAGAGUAAAGGAGUGGGUGUGGUGAACGCCUCCCCCACCAGCAUGGGUCUGCUGUCUGAGAGAGGACCCCCAGCCUGGCACCCUGCCCCAGAGAAUAUUAAACUAGCCUGUGCCAGGGCUGCUACUUACUGCCAGGACCAGGGUGUUGAUAUAACCAAACUGGCUAUAAAAUUUACAUUAGAACAAGAGGGAAUCCCUACAACUCUACUCAGCACUGCCAGCUUGACUGAGCUCCAGAAGAACCUGGUCACUGUGUCCACCCCACUGACUGACAAGGAACAACAAGUGUUGAAUGAUGUUAUAGAAAAGUUUAUGGCUCCAUUAAACAACGCCAACUGGGAGGGUGUGGAAGUUGCUGAGUACUGGAAACAGCUGAAACGGCUCAAGAAUGAGGGAUAAAAAUUAAUGUAAAUCAAUCACACAAGGAACCCAAGCUUGAGUGAUUGAGUGGGAGAACAUUUUUUUACAACAGUUGAUUUUAUUUGUGGGUUGUUGUUUUAGUCUGGUGAUUUCUAUGAGGGUAAAGACAGGUAAUAAAAUCUUUAUAGCAGAUUGUCUUUAGGUAACCCUAGGAAAUGUGACAAUACAGACUACAUUUUACCUCC